AUGGAGCUUAAUUAUUUGGAUUUAAUUGGUAAUAAUUAAAAAUAAACGAUUUGUAUUAAUUAGAUUGUCAUGAUGGUGCUUUUAGAUCAGUCUGUUUCUCUCCUGAUGGAAAUAUACUAGCUUCUGGUUGUCAUGAUAAAUCUAUCCGUCUAUGAGAUGUCAAAACAGGAUAAUAAAAAGCCAAAUUAGAUGGUAAUACUAAUGGAAUAUUGUCUGCCUGUUUAUCUCAUGAUACCAAUUAUUAAUUUUUUAGGUGGCUAAGCAAUAAUUCUUUAGAUUAAACAUAAAAAGAUAAUAAGGUUCAAAUAGACUAAUUCUUUUAAUAAUUAUCAUUUUUCAUUUUUCAUGAUGUCCUUAAGAUGGUUCUAAAAUACCAGUCUAAGUUUGUCCAAGAAGGCAAUUUCUAAGCUUUACAACAAGUUUUUCAAAUAUAAACACAUACUUCUUCUAAAGUAAUUAAAUUUAAUUUAUUUAUGUACGUGUGGCCAAUUAUUAAUAUCAUUACUUUGUAAUUUAAAUAUAUUUAGUUGGUUCUUCAAAAUUUAUUAUCCAAUUCAUUUUAGGGGGUUAAUCUAAUAUUGUGAAUAUUUAUGGUUUACUUUUAUUCAUUUAUUCCUUCAAUUUUUAUGA